AGGAAGUUCCGGGUGAGGGGUAAGAAAGGAGGAAGUAGAGAGGAGACAUUGCUGGAACUGGCAGCAGAGGAGGUACGGUACAGUGCAGGUAAUUCUCAGUUUAUUUUCCAUCUACAGAGAGGAGAGAUUUCAUGACCACAUCAAUGAGGAUGGAUGAGGACCAAAAUCAUGUGUCGGAGAGGAUAUUGGACCUCACCCUGGAGAUCAUCUACCUGCUUACCGGAGAGAAUUAUUAUCAUUUGUCUUUACACAGCAUUAUAAAGUAGUGAAGAAAAUAUCUGGUGAGCCUUUACCACCCAGCAGCCGUCUUCACAGGAUAUCACCCAUCUCAGUGCCUCCACCUCACUGCCUGACAACAGAGGGAACCUGUGCCAAGAAGAUUCUAGAAGCCACCAAGAAGAUGAUGGAGCUGCUGACAGGAGAGGUUCCUAUAAGGUGUCAGGAUGUCACUGUCUAUUUCUCCAUGGAGGAGUGGGAGUAUUUAGAAGGACACAAGGACCUCUACAAGCACGUCAUGAUGGACCAUCAAGCUUCUCUUCAUUCUGAAAAGAUGGAAAAAAAGAACAUUUAUUUUAGGGAUAUGAUUCUAAAGAACACCCUGGAGAUCAUCUACCUGAUGACAGGAGAGGACUGUUCUGUAGUUAUGAAGACAUCUAUUGAGAACUUUUCAGAAGUAAGAAGUCAAAGCUUGUCCUCAGGGCUGAGUCCCAUCCGAAUACCUACACGUCCGUUCCUACGUCAUGAGAGAGAGAACAAGCAGAAGGUCCUAGAAGUCACCCAGAAGAUGAUGGAGCUGCUGACAGGAGAGGUUCCUAUAAGGUGUCAGGGUGUCACUGUCUAUUUCUCCAUGGAGGAGUGGGAGUAUUUAGAAGGACACAAGGAUCUCUACAAGGAUGCCAUGAUGGACAAUCAGCCGCCCCUCACAUCACCGGAUUGAUCCAGUAAUGGGAACCCACCAGAGAGAUGUCCCCGUCCUCUGUAUUCCCGGGAUUCCACACAGGAAGGUCACACCUUCCCUCACAAUCAUCAGAGUGAAGAACUGAAAGACAUCAAAGUUGAGGUUAAAGAGGAAGAAGAAGAGACGUUGGUGAGUGGAGAUCAACAGUCUAUGGAGGAGGGGGAGAUGGUUGUGAAAAGCAAGCAGGAGGAAUCUUCUCUAGAUAUUGGCACGGGUAAGUAGUAAACACCAAAUGUACUGAAUACAUGUUCCUGUUAAAUAAAUGAAUGUAAAGUAAGUGAUGUAAUCAACCGGCUU